AUGACCAACGAAAGCUACAUUCCCUGUGCUCACUGUGGCCUUGAUUUUCGCAGCCAAGGUGGGCUGGAAACUCAUGUCCAAAAUAACCACAACAUGGCCAAGAGGGUCUCCUGUUCCCACUGCGACUUCUCUUGCAGCUCAGCAUCCGGCAUUAUCGUGCACCUCGAAAGCGGCAACUGCCCCGUUGUGAAUAAGGAUGGUCAGCACGGUGAUGAGGUCAAGGCCGAAGGUCCUGCAGAGCAGAACUUCUUAGACGCAGGACGCUUCCCUUCCUCUUCCGAGUCAGACACUCUCCAGUCUGCUCCCUCCGAAGACGAUGAGCAGGAAGGCGGAGUCAGACUGGAUCUGGCCUCAGCCUCAUUUCAGCUCGAGUCUAACACCGGUGGCUCCCAGCGCGGGAGGACGCUGGCUUCUAAGCCUUCAAUUGACUUUGAGUCUGGUGGCGUGUCUAUCUACCAGUCUAUUUCUGUCUAUGCCCCGGAGAACAUUUUCGAUAGACGUGUCGCACCCAUUGACCCUCCACUGGGAUCUCUGGCCAAGGAUGACGAACCAACUCCUGACUCCAGCUACGAUCUCAGCACGUCUCCUGGCCAACCAAUUCCCGUCUUUUCUAGGGGGUCUCUCGCUCACGAACAUUACCAGCUCACAGACACCUUUGACGAAAGCGGUUCCCUGCCAUCGAUAUCUUCCCUCGAGACUUGCACCGACUCAAGACCUGCUAGCAACUUCCCUCUUUACCAUCCAGCUACUUCCCUUUUCCGCUCUAAACUCCGUUCGCCUCCCGCUCAUGUCCCUGAGCAAAGCUUGGAAGGCUACUCUGCCGAGCAGCCCGAGUCCGCAGUCUCUGGCGCCGGCACUCCCAGCGCAAGUACAACAUCUCAUCAAAGUCCUUUGAACGUCGAUCCUCAGGAGUUCUGGAAUGCCGACAAGGGCUGCUUCGUCUGCAACUGCGGUAGUUCAUUCGAGACUGCCCGUGAGUUUCGCAUUCACAUUGCUCUUGGUGAUGAUAGUGCUAUCAAAGACUGCCCCCGCUGUUUCAGGCGCUUCCAGAAUCUCGCCGCUCUCGUGGCCCACGUCGAAGCCCCACUGUCCAAGUGCGCCGCCUUCGCAGAUGACCUCGUUGAGAAUGAGAUCAACGAAAUCACCCGCGGCUUUGCUACUUUCCGAAGCCAUCGUAGCGACGUCGAAAUGGCGGAUGAUCUCAUCGACUUGGAUACUACCAGCGAGACCAAGGAGCAAGCUAGUUCUGACGACCUCGAUGAUGAUAUGAAGCUCGCGGAGGAGUUGCAUCGCUUGAAAUUUGAGGAAAGAUAG